AUGAAUUUGAGACGCACGCAGAAAGUAUUGCGCGGUGUUGCUCAUGGUCGUGGUCGUGUUGUUAAUACUUGGUCAGGACUGCGCUUAACAAAUCUGAGAGUUGAGCUUCCUGUGCUUCAGAGGCUUUGCUUCUCUCUCUUGCAAGGAUCUACCUUGCGAAUUUGGACCAUUUCAAAAUUUCGAGUCACUAAUAGAGCAGGUUAUCAUAGCGAAAGUGAUCAUGCAUCAGCCAGCGAAAAUCAGGUCCCUCCCCCAUUCGAUCAGUAUUGUUUGAGUGCAAGUAAUACACUAAGCAAGGGUCAACGUGUCGAGAUAUCGCGUCUGAGAGUGAUGGCAGAUGCUUCCUGGGAGAUACAAGAAGAUCGGUUUGAUGAUUUGGAUUCGGAUAUUGACUGCAAAUCUAAUUAUGGGGAUGACGUUUACAUCGAUGAGCAUGAAAUGGUCGUGCCAAAAAACAUUGCUGAAUUGGAGGAAGUAGAUUGUGUGCAGCCAAGACUUUCGACUAUAGUCGAAGAAUCGAACAUUGUAGCAGAAGGUAAUGAAAAUAGCAAAGCUGAGGAGUUUUCUGAUCCUGUUUUCGGAUCUGGAUUAAGAGGAGAACUGGGCACUGAAAAAGUUUUAGGAACACAUUCUAUAUUUCAGGCAGCUGGUGAGUACGGCUAA